AUGUCAGCUUUAUGGUGGAACUCUACUGAGGAUAAAAGGAAGAUGCACUGGAUAGGGUGGGAACAGUUAUGCAUCCCUAAACAUCUUGGAGACCUAGGAUUUAAAGAUAUCCAAAUAUUCAAUCAGGCUCUAUUGGCAAAACAAGCGUGGAGGAUCAUGCAAGAUAAAGACUGCUUGUUUGCGAGAUUUUUCAAAAGCAGAUACUUCCCAGAUUCUGAAUUCCUCGAGUCGGGGAUAGGGGAUCGUCCCUCUUAUGCAUGGAGAAGUAUAUCCCAUGGAAAGGAACUAUUGAAGCCAGGUCUUAGGCAAAUGGUUGGGAAUGGAGACUCCAUUUCAGUCUGA